AUGAUGAGGUUUUGCCUGAACCCUAUAUAUCAGCUAUUCCAAAACUCAGAUGAAAAUUUCACUGGACUUAUUAUUGGAGAUAUAAUUAAUCACCAAAAAAAGCAAAUUUUUUAUAUAAAUAAUAUUUAAAAUUAAAGAUUAUUUUAUUAGGAAAAAUAAUUGCUUUUGUUAUUAUUGGGCUGAUUGAUGGAGAAAACACCUAUGGAUAUCAGCUUGUAGAAACUCCAGAAAUAAAAGUCGAUUAUUCAUUGCCUAUUGUUCCUCUGUUAAACUCUAAUAUAGAAUCAGAAGAAGGGAAAUACAAAGAUUGAAUUUUGGAGCAUGCAAGGCAGGUUUCACGGCUGCUCCCUGGAGGAAUUUCGAUUAUUGGAUUUUUUACUGUUUCUGAAGACAAAGAAUUUUUAAACACAAAAUUAGUAAGCCCUGCAGUAAAAGAAGUUAAUAAUUUGCUUGCAGCUCUUAGGAAUGAUGAAUAUUCGAAGUCAGAUCAGCUUAUUCAUUUGCACUUACAAAUAUAUUCUGAAGAAAGGAUCUGCAAAUUAAUUGAUAUCAAAAAUUUCAAAAGUAAUGUUAUGAAGAUAGAGAUAGCUGAACUACCAAUUUUAAGAACAGUUAGGGCAAAAGUAAGAUUUUAUGCUGAAAAAGAACUUACUGAAAAUCCAUUGAAUGAUAUCAAAGAUCUAAUAACGAAUUGAACCAAAUUGGCUCAAACUUUUACAGUCAAAACCAAUGGGGAAAGCUGUGAAAUUUUCUCAAAGUCGUUAAAAUAUGGAAAUGUAAGAGAUAUAACUAAAGCGGUCAGACUAAGCGGACUUCUAGAAUGCUUUGCCCUUUGCCAAGAAAACUCCAAAAUUACCCCGAGAGUUGCAGAAUGAAUCAAAGAGGAUUUAAUUAGUAGCAUGAGAAUAAGAUACGAUCUGUUGAGUGAAAAAACUUCAUGGCCUAAUAAAGAUCUAGCUCCCUCCUCAAAAGAAUUUUAUUCUACGAAAGGAAGCUAAUUUUUUAGUUCAGAAAAUUUAUUUUAUAAAAUUGUGUAAUAUAUUUUUUUUCUCGAAGUUCAAAAAUAUCCCCAAUUGGAUAGCAAAAAUUAAUUUAAUUGUAAAUUUUAUGUUUUAAAAUAAACUGUUUAAAUUUAAUUCAUUAUAAUAAUCCUUAUAAUUUUUUUGUUAGCUCAUUUAGGGGGAGUAAGCAAAAAAAUUGCAGAGCCUUUUGAAUACACUCUGCCAAGAAGGAUUUACUUCAAUUUAAAAAAUGAAAUUCCCGUAACUGAUAUGAUUUGUUCUGACGAAAGCAUUGCAGAUUCUCAAGAAAGACUUAAAUAUCUUUUUGGUACAGAUCCAGGGAAUGGGGAAGAACUUGAAAUAAUUGCACAAAUGAACCCAAGAGAUAUUCCAAUAGUCCAGCCAACUCAACGAAAAGCAAAUAUGGGCAUAAUUAUCGUGGCGAUUCCAAUUAUUAUUGCAAUCUUAAUAGCUUAUUUUAUAUAA